AUGGCCCUCUUUCGCUGGCUUGUCGUGACUCUGGUCACGAUACUGUUUACCCCCCGGCCAAUCUUUUGCGCGCCCAACCAAGGGCAUGACUCUUUGAAACCUCCCUCUGAUCGCCACCGCCGCGCUGCAGCAGUCUCCCCCGUUACGGCCGGCCUCCCUGGAUCAUGGCACUACGGCGGUUGCUUCGUUGAUAACGCCCAUGGGCGUAUAUUCAGCUUCGCAGCUCCGGCAGACCCGAAUCUGACGGUCGAAGGCUGCAUCAACGUGUGCUCCGGCAUGGGCAUGACCGUGGCUGGCAUGGAGUUCUCGCAGGAGUGCUACUGUGGCAAUACGCUGAUCAACGGUGCCACUCAGGGCGACGAAGCUAGCUGUAACAUGGCAUGCGGAGGCAACCCGACCGAGGCAUGUGGUGGCCCAAACAGACUGUCGGUGUAUACGAGCGGGGGCAACGUACCCAUCCUGCCUAUCCCUGUCGUAAAGGAUACUGGGCUUCCGGGCCAGUGGAGGUCUGUUGGUUGCUUGCAAGAGCCAGGCGCCCAGCGCGUUUUCCCCUACCAGAUCAUCAUGCAGAACAACCUGACAGUCGAUGCGUGCCUGAACCAAUGUGCUGCAUUCGGCUACCCCGCAGCGGGCAUGGAAUUUGGCGACGAAUGCUAUUGCGGGGACGUCGCCAACGAGGCUGCGAACGGCGGCGCUCCGGCGCCUGCGGCCGACUGCAGUUUCCCGUGUUCGGGGGACCCGAUCCAUCUGUGCGGCGGCGCCCAGCGAUUGCAGCUUUACCACUGGGACGGAAACAUCGACGUGUGGAACACCCCAGCCAACACUGGGCGGUACGAGGUGAGCUUUGCAGUCGUAGUCCCUCUCAUCGCAACGGUGGGCAUCAACAACAAGGUAACCUUCCUCGAGAAGGGCGGCACCAGCGAGUUCCCCAACUCCACCGGGGCGUACGAGCUCGACCUCUCGCUCGCAAACGACUUCUCGCGCGCGUGGCGCGAGAUGCACGUCAAGAGCGACGUCUUCUGCUCGGGCAGCAUCAUCCUGCCCGACAAAGCGGGGCGGCAGAUCAACGUCGGCGGGUGGUCGCUGGACUCGACGUUCGGGAUCCGGCUGUACACCCCGAGCGGGUCGGACGGGGUGCAGGGGACGACGGACUGGGAGGAGGGCUUCCCGGCGGUGGCGCUCCAGCGGGGGAGGUGGUACCCCACCGCCGCGAUGCUGGCGAACGGGUCGAUCCUGGUGAUAGGCGGGGAAACGGGGAGCAACGCGUCGCCCCAGCCGAACCUGGAACUCCUGCCACGGCAGGGCGGGGUAAUCGAGCUCGACUGGCUGCAAAGAACCGACCCGAACAACUUGUACCCAUUCGUCUUCGUUCUCCCCAGCGGCAAUCUCUUCGUCGGUUAUUAUAACGAGGCACGUAUCUUGGAGCCUGGAGGCUUCCAGACUAUCAGGGAACUCCCCAAUAUCCCCGCGUCUGUGAAUAACUUCCUUGGUGGGCGCACGUAUCCACUCGAAGGCGCAGCGGUCCUGUUUCCACAGCACGCGCCGUACAACGAGCCACUGCGGAUCCUCAUCUGCGGCGGAUCCAAUCCCGGGGCCGGCCAGGCCAUCGACAAUUGCGUAUCCAUCGCGCCAGAGGACCCAAAUCCGACCUGGACGCUGGAGAGGAUGCCUUCCCGCCGUGUCAUGCCGUGCAUCGCCCCCCUUCCUGACGGGACAUUCCUGAUCGUGAACGGCGCGCACCAGGGCGUCGCCGGCUUCGGGCUCGCCACCGACCCGAACUUCAGCGCACUGCUGUACGACCCCGCGAAGCCCGUGCACCAGCGAAUAUCGAUCCUGGGCAACACCAUCGUGCCGCGCCUCUACCACUCGGAGGCCGUGCUCCUCCCCGACGGCCGUGUCCUCAUCUCGGGCUCCGACCCGCAGACGCCGGGGUUCCCCGAGGAGUUCCGCAUCGAGGUGUAUAUUCCGCCGUACCUGACACAGGGAUUCAGACAGCCCGAGUUCACGAUCACGAAUAAGGACUGGGCGUACGGGAGCCAGGCGACUAUCACCGUGACUCUGUUCCAGGGCAACACGGGCACCAUGCGCGUAUCGCUCGUAGCUGGCAACACGCACGGAAACGCCAUGGGCUCGCGCACGAUAUUCCCGGCGUUCAGCUGCGCGGGCAAUACGUGCACCAUCACCGCGCCGCCGAACGCGAACAUCAGCCCGCCGGGGUGGCACCAGCUCUUCGUGCUCGACGGGCCGACGCCGUCGCACUCGCAGUGGGUGCGCAUCGGCGGGGACCCCGCGCGGCUGGGCGACUGGCCGCAGGGUCCGGGGUUCCACCCACCUGGCGUGUGA